AAACAAAAACGGAUUUGAGUAUAUUUAAACUGGUCCCAAAGAGGCUGAACAUUUAGUCUUCAGCUAAAUGUACAACCGUCAGCACCGCAUGUCAACGCUAUAGAACGCGUGAAAAACUUUCUCCAUUAAAAAAAUUCCUUCACAAAAGGAAUAACGAAGUAUCCGCUUUCAAAGCUACCGUUUUCAUUUUUCUUCGAAACAAGAAAAGAGAGAGACUCUUAAGUGUUGUAUUCAAAUCACAAAAAUAUCAAACCAAUUAAAAAAUACAAAAAUUCUCAAAGGAAAAGUGAAAAGUUUUAUUUAAGGAACUAGCACCACAAAUUAAUUGAAAAAUAAACAAGAAAAUAAUUAAUCGAAAAAGUCUGCAACGGCAACAGCAACAGUGAUUAAACAACAUUUAAGUGUGGCAUAGCCGAGCGGCGUAAUAUAAUCUAAAACAAAACGUUUAAAAAGUAAAUCAACGUGGAAGUUUAAAAGCACGCAGAAGUUACAACAACAAUAAUAACAGCGGCAAUGACACAAGACUAAAAUAUCUUUGCACAAAAAGUUAUAACUGACUUUUAAAAAAGUAACAAAAUUUCAGAAAAGUGAAAAGUUUUAAUUUGUCAAAACCAGAGAGAAAAAAAGCCCCGUAGAAAAGUUAAACAAAUGCUAAAAGAAAGCAAGAAAAUAAAACGAGAAGCCCAAAGAAAAAAACAGAAAAAAUCAACACACAAAAAAUUAGAACGCAGUAAAACUCAGUGACACAAAAUACAGCCUAAAGAUAUUCUAUCACGUUGCGGAGCUUCCUCAUUUACUACCAAAUAGAAAAAUAUCAAGAGAACCAAGAGUUUUCAAAAAAAAAAAAAGAAGCCUUCCAAGAAAAUCUGAAAAAAGUUAUCUGGUAUGUGUGGCGUUUUCGCCUGCUGCCGACUGUAGUCGUCUACCAACUUGAUGACAAAUAACACAGAUAUUCUGCGUGAGCGUACUGUGGGUGUGCGAGACCGAAGGACAAGAUAAAAUAAAGAAAAAAUUAAUCUUGCUGCCACUAUCACAACUUGGAUGAAAAACGAAAAAAGGAAAUUCUUAGCCACAAAAGAAAAAACUCAAUAUCAACAUCAUCAUACUGCCAUCAUCAGUUGAAGAAACAUCAGCAACCAUUUGCUCCAUAUACCAGUCGCUGAAAAACACUGGCUCUAUUGAGGAUUAUGUUAAUUAGAUGUCCGAUGUGAGAUGUUUCUAACGAAGGAUAUUACAAGCAACAAAUGUUUUCAAUGACCAUGAGGCUGGCGACAACAUCACCACCAUCAUCAGUAGCACCAGCACCAACAAUAAUAGCAGCAGCCACAGCAACAAGCGCCACCACAUCAAAAACGACGUCGUCAAUAGCAGCAGUAACAAGAACGACUGCCAUCAGGAUAAUGCCGCUGAUGAUAAUGGCUAUGAAGAGCUAAUAAAAACUUGGCCAAGAACAAGAAAAUAAAUGCGGAUAAAUUGGAUGGAAAACAAUAAAAUACCAAAUACAAAAAAACAAAAAUAAAACCCAAGAAACAACUCGGAAGGCCGAUAAGCAAGAAACAAGAAAAGAGGGCCAAAGUAAAGCGAAAAGCAUUGGUGAUUGGCAAAAUAGGAACUUUAAUGAUUUGGAAACGUGUUACAAGAACUAAAUGAAAAACGUGAGAGCAUCUUAACAAGCCAGCAAGCAGGCAAGUCGGCUAAAUUAAAAGCCAAGUACACACAAGGAUUACAAUAAUAAUUUUGGCUUGUUUUUGUCAGUGUGCGUGUCAAAGGAGUGCGACACGUACGAACACUCGCACUGAACGAAAAUGAAAAUCAACUGAAAUUGAUGAUAAUUUAAAAUUAACAAAUGUUAAUGAGCUUCAGCGUCACCAGCAGGAGCUCUACCACCAGCAGCAGUAUAUAAAUCCUGAGGAUAUUUGUCACCCACACACGAGACCAAGUUGGGGAAGCUAAGAAGCAAAACAGCAUUCAUUUUGUGUGACCAUCAAAAAGGACGAGGUUGCAAGGGCGCUUAUCUUUUCGUUCGCUCUCACUUUGCUGGGGAUUAAUUGAAAUUUCUUGUAUCCCCCCCUGCCCAGUCAGCCUUGCAAGAACGGAGGGGUAACAAAGUACGUGGGAGAAUUUAAGGAACGAUAUUCGUCUUUCCUUUUUGGUGGGGGGCCUACUGGAACGCGCAAUAAAAUUGUUGUGUCGACAAAAGACCCACAUAUUUAGCUUUGCCGUUGCAUACUUUGAAUGUCACAUCAAACGGAAAACGUGACUCACAUUGGAAGGCAUAGAUGCGGCCACGGCUACAAAUUCUUGCCAACUACCUGCAGACACUAAUGUCAAUCAUUCAGUGAGCGAGCCGCUGACUCUCCAUUGCUCUUUGUCAGGGCCAACCCUAAAACUCCGCCAAGGACAGUACAAACGCAGCCGCUCUGGAAUUUAACUAAUGAACAUCACGUUAAGUAAAUAUUCCAGGCAUAUUAGAAAUUCUACUCGCGCCGUUUAUAAACACAACACAACAGCAGUCGCUACCACUUUUCCUUUUUACCUGAUAACCUACAAAUAUAAUCAACCCCUGAAACAUCGUCGUGUCGGCAGGGGCAUCGACAGCAGCAGCCAACAGCAUUGAUGCCAAGUUAAACAAAUGUUCAAUUUAAAUUAAGAAGCGAACCAAAAGUGAAAUACGUCAAAUUAUUUUGCGCUAAACUCAGACGCCAAGACUCCACUGCUUCCCCCUGCAAUACACUGCUUCCAUCCUUGCUCGCGCUCGCUCUUUUGUGACGCCAUUUGUUUAUGUCGCCUGGCCCCUAUUUGACGUCUCACGAAACAUAGCAAACAUGUCAUUUAAAUGCCAAAUUUUAAGAAAAAGAUUGACAUUCUUUCACAAUGUCCUUGAACUCAGCUGUGAUGUUAGAAUAAUAAUUUUAUGUUGUUUAAUCGCCAUAUUGCCGACAAACAUCAAAUGUGCCAAAUUACAAAAUCCCCAGAUACGCCUCCUCAUCAAUGACGAUGAUUUAUUGCACGAGAAGACAUCGCGCCAUGAGGCUGCUGCAGCGGCGGCCGCAGCAGCGGCGGCCUCGAAUGUCCCCGACAAUAGUGGGGAGCAUUUCAACCUGUAUCGCAGCGAAUUGAAGCGACUGUCGUACGAGACCAUUCAUCGCAUACUGAGAGAUGAGAACGAGCCGAGUUAUAGGCGAGAAGAGACCGAACUGCGUUACUAUCAGAAAAGAUCCCCACCAGCCUACGAGGACAGUCAUCAGCUUAACAAACGCUCUACCUCUGAGGGCAAUGACCAUGCCCCAUUGGCGCUGAACUACAGCAAAAGGAAGCUCAGAGUGUUUGCCAUAACUUCCCAAUUGGCCAAGGAGCUCUCAUCGGCCAGUUCGCUGGAUUUGAGUGAUAAUCGGCUGAGUUCUUUGAACCUCUCACUCUUGGCAAACGAACAUUUGCAUUCUCUCAAUCUGUCGAACAACUCUUUCGCCUACAUACCGCUCUCGGAGAAAUCUUCUCUUAAGUCGCUCAAUCUCAAUUCCAAUAACAUUCGAUCCUCUGCCCUGGAAUCGAAUGUGUACUUGCGUAGUCUGUAUCUCUCCAACAAUCGCAUUGAGAAUCUAAUGGCGCUGAAUUUGUCAUUGCUCAAAAACCUGGAAACCCUGGAUAUCUCCUGCAACCGUCUGCAAAGUUUAGAGACUUCGUUCUUUCCGGAGCGCAUGCAUAAUCUCAAGCACCUGAAUAUGGCUCACAAUCAAAUGGAAACCAUUUACCGGGAAACAUUCUACAACCUGCUUAGUUUGAAUACCCUGCUGUUGGCCCACAACAAUAUCACCGACAUCGAUUAUGAAACCUUUCUGGCCCUGCCCAAUCUGCAAUAUUUAGAUUUGUCUUUCAAUCGCCUCAGGGGGAAAUCGAUAAGAGCUCUGCAGGGCAUCACCGGAUUGGUGGCCCUAAAUAUUGCCCAUAACCCCGAUUUGGGGCCCUUCAUGCAGGAGUUUGUGGCCUCCUGGAGUCUCAAGGAGUUGGACGCCAGCGGCACUGGCUUGUGUCAAAUACCAGCUGCCUUGGCCCAAUCGGUGCGCUCCCUGAAAUUAACUCACAACUGGCUUAAGGUCAUUAACUGCGGUGAUUUGGAUAGCUAUCCCUUGCUGCAAUACUUGGAUUUGUCCUUUAGCCAUGUGCAUGAGAUCGAAGACGAUGCCAUGGGUCGUUUGGAAGUACUGGAGAUUUUAUUGCUGGACCAUAAUAACCUCAAGAGAAUACCUCAGAGUUUGCCGGUGGCAUUGGAGCACUUGUUUUUGCAGCACAAUGAUAUCAUGGACAUACAGGCACAAUCCUUCCAGGGCCUGACCAGCCUGAAGACGCUGGAUGUGUCGCACAACAAAUUGUUGUAUUUGCCCGACAUAGCCUUGCCCAAAUUGCAAACUCUAAACCUACAAUCGGCCGAGAUAAGGGGGAUAAGUCAGGGGAUAGUGCACACCCUGCCACGAUUGAACGAGCUCUUGUUGGAAGAUAACCCCAUCAAAUGCUCCGAUCUUUUGGGUAUAGCCGAAUGGGCCAGCACCUGUCGUCUGAGAACCACCAAGGACGAAGAAGCAACCGAUAACUCUGAAGAUUUAGGCGAUGACUCCAUUGAGGGCCGUCCAAGAACAGAUUUAAAGCAGCGUUACAUGAAAAUGUACAAUUUCUACGAAAAAUUCGGAGGCGAAAAUUGCAAGGGACAAAAUUUAAGUCUGCCUCAACCAAUUUGUGCCGACGAGAAGCUAUCACCGCGCCAGGAACUGCAGCAGCUGGAUGGAAAAAAAUUUAAGGAUUCCUCAAAAGGGAAAAACUUUAAUUUCAAUUCCUUUAUGGCGGCAGCCAUUCCACUUCCCUCAAAAAAGGCUGUAAAAACUCUAACCGAACAACAACAUCCCAAUAAGACAGCUGCAGCAAUUGGGGAUGUUGCAGCAUCACAAGCAUUCGCAAUGAAGGGCAUGUCAGCCAUGCAGCAGCCGAAAGCAAUCUCAACAACUGCAAUAGCAUCCUCUGGCGAGGCAUUUUCAAAAGCCUCCCCAGCUGAGGAUAAGCCACAAGAACAUUCGCUAUCCACAAACGAAAUGGGAACUAUUGCUAAGGCCACAUUUGCAGAAGAUGAAGUCAAAGGAAUAGCAACAGACGAAAAAGACCAACAACAGCCACAAGAGCAGACAAAGCAAAGCCAAAGACCUGCUGCUACGGCUGAUUCGCCUAGUAACUUGGCAAAUAUGCUGCAGCAUCGUGGGCAAAAUGUUGUGGGAGUUAAACAAACAUCAGAUGGAAGUUUACAAAGUGCCAAUCUUCCGGAAAUAUUAAAGCCAAAAGUGGCAGAAGCUAUCAUAAAAAAUGAGGACAGCAUCAACAAGAAACACAAAACGGAAAUUUCAGAACAAAAUCAUGAAGAAGUUGUUGCAGACAACAACAUGAUGGGCGAAACACCAACGGCAUGGCCAACGUCACCGUUACCGCCACAGAAAGCGACAACAGCAACAUAUGCAUCGGCAAUAAAUUUCCAAAAACCAGAGACGGACACAACAACAAUGCUAAACCUCUCGAAAGAAAAACUACAGCAUGUGGAACACAAAGAAAUUAAAACGAGAAUUGGCCCAACAACAGAGAUUAAAUCUUUUGAAAACUCCAUCAAGGCAACAACAGGAUCAUCGUCGUCAACAUCACCACCAUCACAAGGACUCACAUCCAUAGAAAUGCCAUAUGAAACUCCCACGACCAUAGACAAUGCCAAAAUGGCAACAAGAACAACAACCACCCUGACAAGUACCCGUAGCAACAAUAGAGAGUUGCAUCACUCAAGUACCAGCAGCAAAACGAUUGUCAACAGUACAAAGGGCGGCAAUGAUAGCUCCCCUCUCAGUACCUCUCCUGCAAUAGAAGAGCCCCGGGAAACUAUGACUAAAGCAACAGCAUCACUUCUAGAUAAAGAUUUAGCAUCAAAUAACACUGAAGAACACAACAACAACAAUGCCAAUAGUCCCACAUACAAAAACAAAAACAACAUGAUGGCCCAUACCAAUGGUCAGAACAAUAAAACGCUUGUCACAUUACACAUUACGACGCCAAUUACGCCAAACAAUGUUCUACAUUCAAACGACGGCGACGGCGACAACGAGGAACACCCUCAACAGACUCACAAGCAACUGCAGCAUCCUAACCCGUUCGAGCAACAGCAUUUGCCAACGACAAUGGCUGCAGCGACAGCAACACCGACUACAUCCCCAUCCGCACCAAGACCAUUAGGGCACAUUGAUGUCAAUGAUGCCGAAUGCAUGCAAUCAAAAUCUGAUGGAUGCACUUCCGCCAGACCACAAAGACAAGACAAGGAGAAUGUCAUUGGUAGCAUGCCAACUGCUGGAAAGGAGAUGACAACGACAGCAACAACAGGGCCAGUAACAACUACAAUUGGCAUAGAGACAAUGAGGGCAACAGAGGGAACAGGAGCAGCUGCUGAAACAACAUUACCAGCAACCACAACAGUUUCUGUAGCAGCAACAGCAGGGACAGUAGCUGCAGCCUCAUCUGCAGCCGCACACAAACAUGAGCCGCUGCAAUUGCACAUCAAAGACCGACACUUGAUAGGCACACCAUUGCUAAUGCACAAAGGCGACAAUCUCAUGGUGGCCACUGAUGAACUCAUAAAAGCCAGCCCACAGGAUAACGGCAGACGACAGCCGCAGCAGCAACAACAACAGCCAACUACGACACCAGCAACAGGACCACAAGCGGAUGUAGUUUAUGCAGCCAAAAGUAAGCAAAAGAUUUUGGAGAGCAGCCAAAUAAAAACAAAGACAACACCCAAGAUAGGCGACUUGAGCAUCCAACAACAGCAGCAUAGUCGCCAUGAGCCUUACGAGCACAAAGGGGAGACCGUAAAGGCAAAGGAUUACUUGUCGUCGUCGCCAUAUUCCAAGAAGACCCACGAAGAUCCGAAAACAAAAAAGCCCUCAUUGAUUAUGAAGAAAAUGACCAUUGUUACCAAACAGCAUGAGCUGCUCGCCACAAGCUCCACACACACGCCUGAGGCGUCAGCAGAGGCCGGGGAAAAUGAGGUACAUCGCCAGCAGAUAGAGUUUGUCGAAAGACACUAUCAGGAAUUAAAGCCGCUGCAUCUUGGCCCCGACAGUAUGAGGGAGCCCGCCUCAGUAACGGCCAGUCAUCCAAGGCACAGCACUGUCAAUACGCCCAUAAAUAAACAGGCACACUUGGUGCAGGAGCCACAGACCUUCCAGCACGAACACGAACUGUUGAUGCAGCAGAUACUCCAUGAUGAGCAGCAGCAGCAUGAGAAGGCCUCACAAUCAGAACAGUGGUCCGAUUUGCGUAAGGCAAGCAACAAAGAAAACCAUCCCGGCUUAAUUGUACUCGUAUCAUCAGGUCUAUUUGUGGUUCUCCUGCUGGGUCUAAUGCAUGUCUAUCGCUGUGAUGUUCCCUGGCGUCGUUCCUCGCCGACCCAUCAUUUAAGACCCCAUCAACGGCAUCACAGCUCAUUGGACGAUGAUGUCCACAGUUUCCUCAGUUACAGUGAAGGCAUGCAGAAGUGGCAUCACAGCACUCGCCAGGAGGCACCCUACAGUUCGCCGCUGCACAAUCUUCACGUAAGAGAGCUGCAAAAAACUUCGGCCAUCGAAAAAGCAGCCACAUUCAAAACAUCAGCCUCAUAUGCCACCUCCAGCAAUUGUAAUCGCACUCACAUUCUACCACGCACCAACUCCCAGUCAUCCAAUAACACAACAAGAACAACAUCGCCUUCCUCUUCGGCCAUUUUGGAUGAUGAAACAUUUUACAUUGAAAUGACUCCACCUGCAGGACAAUUUGCCCAAGCUCUGCAAUCAGAACUUUUACCCAUGGAACUGCUGAACAUGGCCCAGACCAAAUCGGGUGAAAUCAAAGAGACUUCAGCAGAUUUGCAAACCUCACUGGAAGACGAUUUCGUCGAGUAUGCGGUAUCGAGCAGAACACAUCAGACGACUCCUUAUAAGCCGACAACAACACCCACGACGAUGUCGUUGUCCCGCAGUGAAUUGUUGUCAUCAGCGUCAGCAUCGUCCACCUACAACAGCCAGAAACCGCUGUACACUUCGAGAAAGUUUGGUUUGUGGUGACAAACAUUGCUGCAGCGCCAACAACAAUACGCACCAUUUCAAUAAGGUAGCCAAUAACAAUUUUAACACUGGAGAUAUGACGUUUUUGGUUACACCAAUGUUUAGUUUAAACAACAGUUUAACAGAAGAAUACCCAAAAGGAUGGACAACAAAGCAGAAAAAAACACAUUAAAUAGACUCCAAUAAAAGAUGGAACUUUUUUUUGUCAUCUUAACUCUACAGGAUUUAAUUUAAACCACAAUUAUUCACCAGCAACAACAACAACAACAGAGAUGCCAAAUUUUAUUAUAAAACUCAAAAACAACUACUUUAAAGACAAAUACAAUCAAAUACAUAUAUAUAUUUAAAUGAAAUCCAACCAGUAUUAGUGGUGAAUGUAAAAAAGGACAAACGAAAUAUUUCAAUUUAAAUCAUUUUAUGCGUAUAUUGUAGAAAUCCAACAACAAACAACAACAAAACACACAGCAGGAGAAAAAAGAAAAACUCCAUGAAACAAUAAUUAUUAAUUAAAGAGAUUCAAUAAGCAAAGUCUAGCUAAAAUCCCUUAGCAUAGGACUCAAUUUGUGUACAAAACCCAUAGAAAGUGAAAAACCAGCAAGAAGAACAAAACCGAAAACAACAACACAUAAUUAAAUUUAAUAUUAUUUUUAUGAAAUAGUAUUUUUAGAUCUAGAGUAGUUUUAAAAUCAGUCAUAAUAUAAAGACAUAGUUCUAUUGUACAUAGCAUUUCUUCCAAGUGAAACAAGGCCUUCCUUUAGACAAACCAAAAAAAAUAUACUCUCCAGCAAAACACUGUUUUUCCCUCCAAAGCUCAAAUUCCCUGGAAAAUCCCAAGAAACACUUCUGCCGGUCGUUCAAUCAAAAACAAAAAAAAACAAAAACCAAAUGUUUGUUUUAAUUUAGGACAAAAACAGAAAAACACAACAAAAAAAUAUGAUUGACAAAUAAAUACAAUUUAACUAUACUAAAUCAAUAAGUGUUUAUAAAAAAAAUAAAUAAAACAAAACACUAGGAGAUAACGAGAGCAACCACAACAGAUGUAGUUUAAAGUGUGUAAAAUUGAAAAGAGAUUGUAGCCGAAUAAUCGCAGAAGAACAAACAAGAACACUCAUUGAAUAAAUAAAAUAAAGCCAAAUUAAGCAGACUUUAAGGAAUAGUUUUACUUAGUCUAUACAUACACAUUUAUGUAUAUUCACAAUGAUGAUUUGUCUUUAAAUGGAAUAAAUAAAUGAAGAAGAAGGAAAUUUAUUUAAAAAUUAGUAAAAAAAAAACCAAA